AUGGCAAUAUCAUCCUACCAGCUGUACAUGCUCAAAGACAAGCGCUUCGAAAGAGAUAUCUGGAUGUACCGCGCCAAGGCGCUUCGCGGGUUUCAAUAUGAAAUUGCACGCUUUCGAGAAGACAGUCAGUCAUCCAAGGGGUGGGAGCAAGUCAUUGCCACCUUGAUUAUGCUCACCUUUUUCGAUCACGAAGCCUUUGCGAGGACAGCUUACGAUAUCCUUGAUCCCCAUGCGGCGUGUGUGUCCUGGUUCCCACCUGGACUCGAGGUCGGCAUGACGGUUAUCGAUGCGCUGCUGGGAUGCUCACCUGAGCUAAUUUCCUUGAUACUGGAAAUAUCCAACCUCGCAGAGCAAAGAUUGUCAGUCGCAAGCGCAACCAACGGUAUUUUCGAGGGCAAAUCUUGGCGAGAGCGGGGGCAGGUCACUUGUGCUUGGCGCAACAACAUCGAGAGACGCCUCUACUUUUUGGAACAGGUCCUGCCAUGCUCAACUUCUCUCUCCAUAGACUGCGACCAGCAUGGCCAAAGUGCCAUUGAAGAGCUCGGCUAUAUUGCGGAGACGCGCCGGUUGUCAGCACUGGUGUACAUGUAUUCAAGGCUCGACCGUAUCCCUCCAGGGUUCUCACCCAUCGACAACCUGACUUCACAAAUACUGGCCCUGAUACCGAAAAUAUCCCUCCGCUCCCAUGCCCUGCUGUGGCCUCUCUUCGUCGUGGGGACCAUGGGUAUUGGAGUGGUCAACCCGGAGAGUGGAGACGCACAGAGAAUUUUUGUGAUGGAAAGACUUGUGAGCUUGCAGCAGACGCGACAGCUCAAGAACGUCAGGCGGGCAAGAGAGAUCGUAGAGGCUGUUUGGAAAAUGCGUGAUCUGCAAGGUCCAGAAUACAUGGGCGGGUGGUACGAUAUCGGGCGGGUAGAGAGUUAUGGUGUGAGCUUAUGUUAG